AAAUGUAAUUUGAAUAUGAGUAGGUAUCUGUUAUGUAUUUAUUCACAUACAAUCUUUUUGAAAAAAAAAGCAAAAGUGGAAGAUUCGUCGUUUUUUCUUAGCUGCAAAAACUACAUUACUAACAGUAGGUACUUUAAACCUACCCUAUACUAUAGACUUACGAUUAUUAGUGGACAUGUCAAUGUCAGUCAAUUACUUAGUGUCUGUAUUUUACCCUCAUUAAUAAAGAUAUUUAUUAUUAUUAUCAAAACGGUCAUGUUAUUUUCUUACAGGAACACGUGUACAAUAAGGUCUUAAAAUUGUCAUUAUUCCUAAUACGUUAUGCGGCGUGUAAAAAAAUGCAUUAAUAUUUUGCGAAUUUACUCGUUUUUUUAAUCACCUCGUAACGUAUCACAUCGAUUAUCGGUAUUGAUGUUAAAAAGUCCGAAUACAUGAAUGUUUCACCUCGGCCUAUCAGCGCUCUUGUAUUUUUAGACCGCCGAAUAUUUGGUAUUGUUUUACAGAACGCAAGUGUUGGUCAUUUGAUCACCAUUUCAUAUUUAUCUAUAUUAUCGAGGACUUAACAUUGCAUUAUCAUUAAAUACAUUAACAUUGAUAUUUGCCCACUUAACAUCGAUGAAUAUUCGAACAUCACUAAAUCAACUGUAAUAACAUUCGCAGACUUACUGUGAAAGUAACCUUACGAAAAAUCGUAAUAGAAUAAACUUGUGUUAUGUUACGUGUUUUGUGUUCGGAAAACAAUGUACAAUUAGAGUUGUACAAAAAUGAGCGCCAUAAGAAAAAAAUACUGUGUUUUUGGCUGUGAUGCUUUGGUUACAUAUGAUGUACCCAUUCACUCAUUCCCAAAUCCAAAGAAGAAACCUGAUGUGUUUUUGGCAUGGCUAUCAGCUGUUGGGGACAAUCUUAUAGAAACUGAUCAUUCUAGAAUACACAGAAACAAAAGAGUUUGUGAUCACCAUUUUGAUAUUACAGCUAAAAUAAGGGGUGGACGCCUUGUUUGGUCUGCAGUACCUACUUUAUUCUUACAUCGUUUGCAGCCAUCAAUAACCACAAUUGUGGAAAUAGAUCACAACUACUGUCUGUCCAGAAGAGAUUAUAGAGUGUGUGGCCCAUGGAUGAAAAUUGUAAUAGAAAACAUACCCGUCAAAUCUUUGGAGAGCAGUGCUCCAGCAGAUAAGCAGAAUGUGUCUAAGAAACAGCUUCCCAACACUUCGAUACCGGAUACCCGUUUGCUUUGCGAGAACAGUACUCCCGUAGUAUUGGACCAAGAUGCGCUAAUCGAACAACAAAUCCAAUCACCAUUGUCUCAUCUUGACGACAAUUCUCCAGCAGAACACGACGACGUUGUGCCAACAGAAAAGGAACCUGAAGUACCUUUGUUUUCUUGGGAGGAAGGUGCUCCAGUAGUCUGCGACGACGAUGUAAUCACAGACUCUGCAUAUGUUGACGACAACCGCUCCAUGUAUAACGACGAUGCUCCGAAAAUUGAAUUGAAACAAAAUAAGGAAAACGAACAAGAAAGGAGCGUACCUGAAAUACAUGAUGGAUACAAAUGCAACGACUGUAAGGGAGCGAUAUCAGGUUUCAGAUACACGUGCGUGCAGUGCGAAGACUACGACUUAUGCGAGGCGUGCGAGGCGAGCCGUGGGCACUCACACCACUAUAUGCUGCGGGUGCCGGGGCCCAGGCCGCAGGGCGAGGUUAAAUCUCUAAUAGACGUAUUACGCGACAUGUUAAAUAAGAUGACGGAAAUUGUGACCGACGCUCUUGACGGUAUUAAGGAGGAAAAUGAAGACAUACCAUGUGAAGCAGAUCCUUUUGAUGGAGUGAUCACACCAUCGGCCCUGGGCAGUGCUGUGCCGUCACAAGUAGACGAUACGGAUAUUAUGGAAGUGACGGAUGUAAGCAAUGAAGAGGAAGAUGUCUCUACAGCUAUGGAACAACAUGGAGAUCAUGAAACAGUGUCUCCUAAUUGUAAUCAAAAUCUAUUGAAGAGAAAGGCUUCAGAAGAGUCCGAUAUUGUAGUAAAACAAGCAAAAAGUAGCAGUAAAAAAAUGUCUUUGGCAGAAUAUAUGGAAGAAGAGUGGUUGAAUGAAUCUCUACUAGAAGAAUAUGAUAGUAACAAAGAAUUGUCGACAGCACAUACUACCAUAGAGUCGUAUACUCCAUCAGAGCACACAGACAGUUCUAUAAAUGUACCUAGUACUGGGUGCAGAACAAAAGACGGUAUAUCAAGUCCUAAAACAAAAAUGAAAGUGCUCUAUAGAAGAACCCUGAAGUUUAAUAAUACAUCCGAUACUAGGUACCGAAUUAGAUUUCCCAAUAUCCCAAAUAGUUCCACAAGUUUUUCUCAGUCUAUUCUCAAAGACUGUGUAGUUAAGGUUGUUGAUAUAGGAAAAAAAUAUCUUAGUACAAGUAGUUCUCGGAGUACGGAAGGAAAUAGUUGACACUAUUGAGGAAAUCAAUGGAACUUUGAUUAGAAAAUUUAUCACAAGAUCUCAUAUAAACAUACCAAAAGUAAGUAAAAAAAUUGACAUGAAUAAUGUACAGGGGAAAUAAUGAUUUAAUAAAAGAAACUUUAAAGGAAUUCUAAAGCUGUAUUAGACGCGCAUGACUCCCCGGCUCCCCGCUUUGUUCGCGGGCUGCUCGUAUAAUGCCAUUUUUGUCCUAGUCACUGUUCAUAGAUCGCCAUCUUGUGCCCCACUACUCUCGAAAACCGGAAGUGAUAAGAGGUGAUAUAUUUAAAAAAAAAUUUUUAAUAAAUAAACUCUUAUUGCUUGGAAAUGUACCGUCCGGUGAGCGUAAUAAAAUAAAAAAACAUUCCCAGGAGUUCAUUCUUUUGAAUAGGAAUGAUCAAAGGGGGUAUACCUUUUUGGUUUUAUAAAAAUGAAGACAAAGUAAUUAUUCUUAAUAUAUGGCUCAAGUAACAUAUUCGAGGUAAACAAUUUAAAGAUUUCUUUGACUCUGUAAAGAAAGAUAGAGACGGAGUUGUGUUUGAAAUCUCAAGAUUCUUUUCUAAUGAUUAUGAGUGUGGACAAAAGAUGGACUAAAUCCAUUGAUUUCUGAAUGCAGAGAAUAUGUAGAAAAAUAAAUAUUUUUUUAACUA